GUGGCAGCUGCGAGGUAGCAAAGUAUAUUUGCUGCUAGCUUGUCGCUGGCCUGCAGAUGAAGAAAUCAUAAAUUCACAUGCUGGUCUAGCCCCAAAGCUUGAGUGCGCACACCCGCAGCAGACCCUCCACACCCUCGUCAACCCUCGUCGCCUGCCAGUGUCUUUCUCAUUCCGUUUCGGAUUCAUCAUCCACCCACUCCAGGCCACAGAGCACUGUUCCUAUCGUCCAUGAUUUGGCCGUCGUGCUCAAUCCGCUCAGUCCAGCAGUCACUGAAUCAGAUCCUGCUGCGCGGUCUACUUCCCAGAAUGUGGUCCCCGACGUGUCGCAGACUGCAUGUGUCUGCGAAGUGGCAACUUGUCUACCCCGGGUUCCUUGGGUUCCUGGAAUCUAUAUCAACUCGAACCAAACCCACUUGGACAACUCGGAUGGCCUCCCAAUGCAAGAAGCCUCAAUGCUGACCAGCAGACCCUCCUUACAUUCUGAGGUCAUCCCUACAUCUCCCCAAACAACAUAGCGGCACAUCAGAAUGCCAGCCUUAUCAACCCACCACGCCGCCGACUCUAGCAAGAAGUCUGGUCGGACGCGAGAGCGGAAACCACGGGGACGCGGUCUGCGCACUCGGACCGGUUGUAUGACCUGUCGGAAACGCCAUCUGAAGUGCAAUGAAGAGAAGCCCAUCUGCGGCCCCUGUGCACGAAGCAACCAUACCUGUGUCUACGCCGAUCCCACCCCGAUCCAAUCCUCCUCCAAAUCAACAUCCAACUCGGCACCGUCCUCGGUGGAGCAGCAGGAUCGAAACCGCUCAAGAACCGCGUCCAUCGACCGUCAAGACACCCCCAGGCUGCUGGAACGUAUCUCCAGUGGUUCUGUCCAGGAUAACCAUUCUCAUGCCAAUUCUGGUUUCCCGGGCUGGGAUGACCAAAACUCCAUCUCUCAGCAUGACUCGCCCCGGUCCGGGGCCGGCCCUGUCUCGACAGCUGGCGAUAUUUCGCCCAGCGCAACCCAUCUGCGUUCCCUGAUGCAGCCGUGUGUCUCUUCGCAAACGGCAUAUGCUGUUUCAAGCCCGGAGGCAGGUGCCAUGGCCGAGGCUGCGAUUGAGAAAUGGUUCGGGUUGUUGGCGGGCGAUGCAGACUUUGAGGACGAACCGUCCUUUCUCGGCUCCCUUGGCCGUCUCCAUGGCCAGAAUGGCAAGCAGGUUCUCCCAAACUACGAGAUGUCGAGCGGCGUUCGUCCUUUCAAUGGCUCUCUCAACUCCAGCAUGUCUGGCUUGCGGCUGGAAACAGCACGGACUGCUUCCCAUCAGAUCCCCUAUAGUCACCCGGUGCCACCAGACUCGCACCUAUGGCAGUCGACAGCGGCAUUGACUCUUAAGCCUCAUGAGAUUGCCAUCUUCAACCACUUUGUCACUCGAGUCAGCCUUUGGAUUGACCUGUUUGACCCCAUUCGGCAUUUUUCUACCUAUGUUCCGCAUCUGGCGAUGCACAACGUCGGCUUAAUGAACGCCAUCCUUGCAUUGUCAGUGAGGCAUAUGUCACUCAACGCAGCAAACGAAGCCGGAGCUGUUCACGACAGAAAUGAUUCCCUACCCUACUACUACGAAACUCUACAUUAUGUUCAAAAAGCGAUGCAUUACGAUUCUUACAACACAAGUGCCGAAUUGCUUGCCACUUGUUUGAUUAUUUCUGCCUAUGAGAUGCUGGAUGGAUCUCGAAAAGACUGGGAGCGGCACUUGCACGGCGUCUUCUGGAUCCAACGGUCACAGUCGGUCGACGGUGACUCGUUUGGCCUCAAACAAGCCGUGUGGUGGGCUUGGCUUUGCCAGGAUGUCUGGGCUGCAUUCAGAGAGAAACGGAAGCCUUUCAAUUCCUCGACCCCUGCGAGGGAUUAUGGAGACAUGAAUUCCUACGACAUCGCAGCCAGAUCGGUCUAUGUAAUGGCGCAAGUUGUGGCCUACUGCUCUCAAGAAGAGAUCGCUCGCGGGGAAGUCGACAUUAGGCCUCGAAUCGAUAGGGGUGAAAGUCUUGCACAGAUGCUUGAUGACUGGCAGCGGCAUCUGCCCAUCGAGUUUAACCCUCUGCCUUUGGAAAGUGAUGGAUCCGCUGUCUUUACGCCAAUAUGGGUGCAUCCCCCUGUGCUUGCGGUCUCCAUUCAAGUGCACUGCGCAUCUAGGAUACUACUACUUUUGCACCGCCCUUUUGUCAGAGGCCUAGAAGACCUCGUACGGCAACAAAAGGAGAUUGCGACAUAUGUGGAGACUAUUUGCGGGCUUGCUGCAACCACAGCUUCCGACUACGCAUCCAGUAUCAUGACAUCUCAGUGUCUGUUUAUAGCUGGUUUAUGUAUCAGAGAUCCGCGGCAACGGACAGCUCUCAUAGAACUUCUCGACGCGUGUCGACGUUCUAGCAGUUGGCCGAUCCAGUCUCUAUCUGCCGAGCUUCAAAUGAUAUGGAACGGAUUGCACAAGAACCCACUGCCUUGAUUAGAGCGCACUACAUGACACGUGUCAUGUACUCCACUGCUAGUCAUGGAAUCUGUAAUCUUUGGGUUAACAGCGAGCACGCAUGUGGGUGAGUUGCAGUUGUAUUCCGGCUGUUGGGCAGAGCUGUUGAACUCUGCCCUCCACAACUGCCACUUCUCAACUACGACCCAUCGGCUGCCUCAGGUCUGGCGACGGCAAAAGACAAACAGGCUGGUCGACGAAAGGAGACUCUCGGGUCUUGCAACACUCCUAACCAUAAACUUUCCCUACUGGGCGGCAAUCUGCCCUCAGAGAAUGGUGAAAUUCACGCGGCACCCGCUGUUGUCGGCCUGCCUCACGACAUUGUUGGUAUCGACACCAAUGCGCAACGAUUGACGACGGACAUGCAGAAUGAACAGAAUCGGGGAGGAACAGCGAGACCUUGCGAGGGAUCCAGCUGCCCAUGUUACCUUUGUGAAUCCCAGUAUACGAGAGGGACACUCUUUGUAAUUGUGUCGACAGGUUGACGUGUUUUGAUGUCCUCAACCCCAGCUAUACUGGCCGGCCAUAUGCGUGGAUGCUUCGGGCCACACCGCAAUCUAUACCUGCUUCGCCAAUUGUAUCACAGCCAGUCUCUGGCUUGGGAUGGUCAUAAUUGGAAAUCCGUCCUUAAACAUUGGCGCUGUGAACUUCCUGUUGGGUCCCGGGCAGAAAGGUCGACUCGGCAGGGUGACUGAACGAGCUUUCCUUCUUUCGACCUGCCGUGUUGAACAAUGGUCUCAUGGGAUAAGCAGCCUGACGCGCAGUGGGGUGUCCUGCCAGUGGUGGACAUCUGAAACCGAAGCCGACACAUCAAGCAUAUUGACGAAUGCUCUCUAAGCAUAAGCAUUGGCCUUCCCACUUGAGUGUUUUUGUGUACCUGCAGAAAUUCAGUAUCUUCUGCUGAAUCCUGAUGCCAGCAUUAGAGCGUCCCCUCUUGAGAGCCGCCUCCUCUUCUCCCAACUUUGGUGUGGGUCUGGUCAGAUCAUCGUCCUUGAGGGUUCGAGGUAAGGGGCUUCUGCAACCGCCUAAGGGACGUAUGGAGUCGCCAAAGGUCUGCAAUCGUUCUGGAUACAGAGUACCUGAAGACUCAGCAAGACCCAGUCACUGAGGGAUUGGUGAUCCCAAGACCAUGUGGAUCAAGGAGGGAGUGGGUAUGAAGGCGUAUCUUGUGGCUGGCGAUGAGAAUUCCUCCUCGGAAUCGAAUUGCUCUUGCUAAUGGUGGCCCGGAAUCACGCUCUCUCCCCCUGUGUCAGGCUUUCAGUCGAUGACAUGGUUCUUUGCACCAAGUGGUGAAUAAAUUCUUUUCCGGACCCUGCAUGGACAAGCAGGCCUUUGCUCCUACGGCCCGGUAUUCUUUACCGCGGUGAUUACGCCAACCAAAAAUAGGGCGCACUUCAAGUGUCCGUGGCAGGAUAUGAAAAGGGACUUUUGAAACUGCAUUUUUCAGGGACAAGCCAUAAUAUAUAUACUGUACCUUGGGUGUCGGAUCGGCGGGGGCACAGGGACAUAGGGUGGGAAAUGACGGUCGACUAGGUAAUAAUGCGGCUGUGUCAAUAUCCCCCCUUCCUAACCGGGGCACCGAGACGAGCGCAUGGAGAAGUCUUUGUUAAUCCACGUGCAAUACUGGAGACAGCGACACUUUGGCCGCUGGAUGUUUUCGCCGGUGGUCGACCAUUCAACCAAGAUUGUCACUGGACGCCCGGUCGCAGGAGCAGAAGAAGUUGCGGCCGUACCGCCGUACGGCACAGGAGAAUAGAUCCGUACGUUCCGGUUGGCGGAUAGCUCUGAGAGAAAGGCUGUAAAGAUGCAGAGUGCACGCCAUGAUUUGACAGCCGGAGAAUAUUUCCUCGAUCUUGGCGGUCACCUUGGACCCUCUCGGAUCUCAGACCGUAGGAGUGUCUCGAACCGCGGUCAAGGUGGACCGGAAUUCUGAAUGUCUACUACUCUUACGACCCGGCCAUUGGCGGCCGGCUGCGCAUCACAGCGAGGCGAGGUGUAACUGGCAUCAAAUUAAUCAUCUGACAUGCGCUAUGGUUGAGAAAUGCAAUCAUCUGUCCUGACAAGAUCCGUUCGAGCCGGUAGGCGUAAAGCUGCCGUAUCGGGCAAAUGAGAGGACGGCAGCAGGUCUCGAGUUGCGUCGAGGCCACCGCCCUUCGACGGACAAAAGGGAAUAUUAUGACCCCUCGUCAACUUACAAUUCAGUCAUUGUCA